AUGUUGGUAGCAGCACAGACUGGAUGGGGCACGCACAGAACAUUCAUUCUCAACAUCGGCAUUUAUAAGAAGAGUGCCAGUGAAGUAGAAAGUGCCGCAUUUCUUCAAAUUCUACCACUUGAUGACAGAAGAACUAGAACCUUUAAAGGAAGCAUGGAAAGCCAUCUGAUGUGCAACAGUUCUAUGCUGAUGACAAAUUUUAUGGCUGAAUCUGAAGACAAAAGCCUGGAAAAAGAAGCUGAGCAGAUCGAAGCAGAGCUCGGCGAAGAUCACCUCUGCAAGGAGGUCAUAUCGAGAAGGCCACCGAUCAAACAAGAGGUAGAAGGACCAAGACAAAAACGGACGAGCUCACAAGGAACAACUGAACGUGCCAACGGCAAGGUGAUAGCGUCACGUCCGCCAAAAGUCCGAACAGAAGUAUGUUUAUCAAGCACUUCAAAAUAA